UGAUAAGGGUAGAAGGCAUUGCUAACAAAAAAAAAGAAAACAAUCCCAAGUUCAAUUAUUAAAAAUUGUUAAUUAAACUUUAACCAAGCCAUGUCGAGACGUGGAUUAUUGCUGAUGGGCCAGUGUAUGCCCUGCAUUAAACAGAAUGCAUCGAAGAUACGCAUUCGCCGCAUGGAGAUGGACAAAAACUUGAAUAUGUAUUUCAAAAAGGACGAGUUUUACUUCGCCCACGAUCCACAGAAGGUGUGCAAGACCGGUGACGUUGUCCUCAUACGGGAACUGCCCGAGCGGCUCAGCCGCCUCAUCACGCACGCUGUGGAAAAAGUCGUCUAUCCGCUGGGUGACAUAACCGACCCGCUCACUGGCAAAAAGGUGGUCGUGGGCAAGUACCGUGAGGAUAUUGAGAUGGCCAAUCAGCUGUUUGGCAAAUCGUCGAAGGCAUUCGACUACGAGAAGGCACCGCCGCGCGGUCGUCUAGAGGGAACGAAGGACUUCACGCACGGCGAGACCUACAUCAAGUAUCACGAGGAUGGGAAGGACCAGCCUUUUGCAGUGUAACGUAGCAUCUCUUUUACCAUUAUCUGUUAAGUUUCUAGAUUGUUUGAUAGUAAAGUGCAUUAAUUUGUCAUAGAAGAAA